AUCUAUAAAACUCAUCACCUCGCCUAAUUCCACCUCCUCCUCCAUUUUCGUUUCUCCCUUCUCCUCCUCGUCUUCCUCCCGUACAUACACCCUUAGCGCAUAACGAGAAUAAAAUUUAAGAAAAAAACCAGAAAGGAGGAUCUUCUAGUUUCAGGUUUUACGAUGGCAUCGAAACGGAUCUUGAAGGAAUUGAAGGAUUUGCAGAAGGAUCCUCCUACAUCAUGCAGCGCUGGUCCUGUUGCAGAAGACAUGUUCCAUUGGCAGGCAACCAUAAUGGGUCCUCCAGACAGUCCUUAUUCUGGAGGUGUUUUCCUAGUCACUAUCCAUUUUCCUCCGGAUUAUCCAUUUAAGCCUCCCAAGGUAGCAUUCAGAACAAAGGUAUUCCAUCCAAAUAUAAACAGCAAUGGUAGCAUUUGUCUUGAUAUCUUGAAGGAACAGUGGAGUCCUGCACUGACCAUUUCCAAGGUUUUGCUAUCAAUCUGCUCAUUGUUGACGGAUCCUAACCCUGAUGAUCCCUUGGUGCCGGAGAUUGCUCACAUGUAUAAGACCGACAGGAACAAGUACGAGACGACUGCCCGGAGUUGGACCCAAAAAUAUGCCAUGGGCUAGAUGAAGGGUGUGACAUGUGGGAGGAUGGGUUUGGGGGGGUGGUGGGGAGGGGAGGCCCUUUUCCAUUUUAAUAUUUUGAUAAAAUCUGUACUAAUGUUUGUUUUAUGUCCUUUGAAGCCUAAAAAAAUGGACAAAAAAAGAAAAAGGUCCAAAACACGACUUAGUGAAAGGAUAAAACACGUAAGUUUGUUUUAAUGUUGUUGUAUGAUGAUGGAUAAUGCAAAACCAACUCUAGAACGUGGAAUUUGACCUCCCCCUACUUCUGUUCUUUUCAA